AUAUGACUCUUUGCCGUCAGGAUAGAAUACUAACGCCAAACGCCGCCAUUAACACCUUUCUUCCCUCUGACUUUUUUGUUUCUCUGACUCCUUCACUACGUCAAUCAUUUGAAUCUCAGUUCUGAACUCAGAUUAUGGCGUACCCGACCCUCCAUGCCCGCGCAGAAGCAAAGCUUUACGAGCACCGCUCAUGCCUCACUCCCACCACCGCUAAGAAGUUGCUGGAUGCUGGGUACCCGGUCGUUGUAGAGCGCAGCUCAACGGAUCCCAAUUUCUCUCGUAUCUUUAAGGAUGAGGAAUUCGAGCAGGUCGGCGCAAAGCUCGUGGACGAGGGCUCCUGGGACACUGCACCUACCGAUCACAUUAUUAUCGGAUUGAAGGAGCUGCCGGAGGCUGAUACUCCUCUCAAACACACGUUCGUUCACUUCGCACACUGUUAUAAGCAACAAGGCGGGUGGGAGCAGGUUUUGGCACGGUUUCCGAGGGGUGGGGGCGUUCUGUACGAUCUUGAGUUCCUCCAGGAUUCUACGGGACGGAGAGUAGCUGCUUUUGGCUACCAUGCUGGUUUCGUUGGAGCUGCUCUAGCCAUCAAGACCUGGGCAUGGCAAUUAACACACGCCGACGAGCCCCUCCCUGGCAUCGAGAAUUUCACCGAAGGACGCGGCUACUACAACAACGAAGCCGAACUGAUCGAACAACUCAAGCAAGACGUCGCAGAGGGCGAGAAGGUGGCCGGCCGCCGCCCGAGCAGUCUCGUCCUCGGCGCUCUGGGACGCUGCGGCUCCGGCGCCGUUGACCUCCUCGAGAAGAUCGGCUGCUCAGAUAUUAAGAAGUGGGAUCUUGCCGAGACUUCGGAGCGUCCCGGCCCGUACCCUGAGAUUGUCGAGUCGGACAUCUUCGUAAAUUGUAUCUACCUCUCGAAGCCCAUCCCUCCUUUCGUCAACGCGGAGAGCCUCAAGGCGCCGAACCGCAGGUUGAGCGUUAUCUGCGACGUUAGCUGCGAUACGACGAAUCCUCACAACCCCAUCCCUGUGUACAACAUCAACACCACUUUCGACAAACCCACGGUUGAUGUACCAGUUGAGGGCAAUGGCCCCAAGCUCUCUGUCAUUUCCAUCGAUCACCUCCCGUCUGCUCUGCCGCGUGAAGCGUCAGAGAACUUCUCCGAUAACCUCUUGCCCAGCUUGCUGGCGCUGAAGGAUCGGGCCACCACUCCCGUGUGGCAGGGCGCUGAGAAGCUCUUCAACGAGAAGGUGGCUACGUUACCCGGCGGGGUGCCGAAGAAAGAGGUUUAGAUGGACGAGCGUUUAAUUCAAGAACAUGUUGGUAAAGACGUCACCUCAGGAUAGAGAAAACGGAAUUUCUUUAUAUCUGUAUGUUAUAACGUGGUUUAUCAGCACUCGGAUCAUAUCAGUACUCGGAUCACUUUUCCCCACCACCACACCUCCCAACUUCAAUUACUCAACCACAAUGCCUCAAUAAAUUAACAGGGCUCAUCUAUAGACUUAUCAGAUAUCUUUGCAUCAGCCUGGCAUGUUCGCACAUUAUGUCCGGCUUCUCCGCAGUUGCCACAUCGUCGUGAAGUUGGCUGACCCGAUCCUCCACCACCACCCCGAGAG